CAACACUGCCGAACGGAGUCACCUUUGAUAAAUACUUUUGGCGGGUCGGACGCCCGAGCUGGAAACUUCACAAUCAAAUUGUUAUUCUUUUGAUGUGCACCUACAAUUCGGUUUGGGAGAUAUUUUUUUUGUGAACCGAACACAAGGGAAAACACAUAAUGGCGCCGUGCGUGCUGUGUCGUAGCUAUGUAAAGGACGAAUUAAUUUUCGGGGCAGUUAAGGAACACGAGAAUAUGUGGAUGCAUACAAAUUGCUUGUAUUUGAGCUCAAAUCUGAAGCAGUGUGGCUCCGAGGACGAAGGAAUCCUGUGCUUCAUGCCGGAUGACAUCGUUGCGGAGGCCGAGCGCUGUCGCUCUCUGAUCUGUUAUUAUUGCCACGAACCGGGAGCGAAUAUUGGAUGCUGCCAGCCGGCAUGCCGACGCACCUUUCACACCAAGUGCGGGUACGACAACAUGACCCAGAGCGAGUUUCGCGGAACCUUCAAAUCAUACUGCCACCAGCAUGUGCGCAGCUACCGCUACCGCCCCGCUCCCAACGAAGACUGCGUCAUAUGCCAAGAUCGCCUGGCUGGGAGCGAGGAACGGUUUAAUGUGAGCACCAUGCUCCACUCACCCUGCUGUCGCAAUGGAUGGUACCACCGACACUGCCUUCAGUCGUAUGCAAACUCAGCCGGAUACUUUUUCAAAUGCCCGUUGUGCAACAACAACACUGUAUUUAAUGACGUAGCUCUGCGCGGGAUCUCAGUGCCAAAUAGUGACGCUUCCUGGGAAUCUGAUCCGAAUGCUUAUGUGGAGCAGACUCAAAGGGAUCAGAUGUGCACCGCCGAUCGCUGCAUAUGUGGAACUCGAUACGUAUUUGCUGAAAGUUUGAUGUACUGCAUCCUAUGCGGGGCGAAUCCUGCGCACCCCUUCUGCAGCCGCCAGGACGAGAACACCUACACAUGCAAGGUUUGUAGCCCAGUCUCCGAAGGUAUCCAGGUUGCAGACGACCCGGAGGAUCAGGUUGAGGAGCAGGAGAGCCAGGACGAACAGGACGACCAUGACAAUGCUAGAGACGAGGACUAUGUCCCGGAGGCGGAAGAUGCGGAAGAUACAGAAGAAGAUGAAAAGAAGCAGCCAAAUAAGCCAGAGGCCAUGGAAGAAUCUGACUCUGAUGAUGACAGGAUCAUGUUAUUGGCGUAUUCGAAUUCUGUGGGCCGCCGCCAUGUUCGCCGCUCCAAUUCUCCGAGUACUUCCCAGACGCCCAGCUAUAAUUUGCGCUCCCUGAGCAACCAGGAGAACGCCCCUCCAACGGCGGCUCUCCGCCGCUCGCAGAGAAGGUCGCUCACAGUCUUUCUUCCGGCGGCAACCGAGUUAGCUCCAUCUGAUGAGGAGAAUAAGGAGGAUAAGCCAGCCCCAGAGGACCCCUUGGCUACACCACGUCAAUUUCUGCGUUCCCUCUCGCCAGUGGCGGCUGCCACUCGCUCCUCGGCCCGUAUUCAGAAUCGCCGUCAGCCGCUGCUCACACAAGCAGACUCGAACGAUGCCGCGUCCACUAGUGCUGGAGCGCGUGCUCGUCGCUUUACGACCACUGGAGCAUCCGCUUCCUUGAACGACUUGGCUCCACCGAACCUGGACAUAUCCUGUGUGGCAAACAGGACCCGCAGGCGCUUGCCCUUCUACAGGGGCCGCCGCAGAUAGGCUCAGUUUCUCAAGCAACUAUUCAAGAAUUAUUCAUCUGAAAUACUUAAACAUUUACAUUUACCGGAUGGCGAGCUUCGUUAUCAUUCCCUAAAUUAUCCUGUUGUAGCGUUAAGUUUUGGCAAGUAGGACUCGCCGAGGAUUUCGAUGAGGAAUUGCAUUCCGCAAUUGUAUCUCUCAGGACAAGAAUUUUCCCAGGAUAGCAAGCACUGUUAUCAUUUCCAAAAUUAUCCUGUUACGCGUUACCCUGUUAUUUGGAAUUUGUACAUGCUUAACACUUGUAUCUUUAACCUUUCCAAUAAUAACACUAACAACCAACGUAUUGCAUAAGUAUGUAUAUAUCCUGGUAUCUGCAGCACCAGUCUAAGCGAGAUAGCUGAAGAUGCUCCUAAGCGAAAGAGAGGGAAGACAAGGCUUUUAGUUUUUUAAUUUUUUUGUUUCUAGAUCUUAAAUUAUGGUGCCCAUAUCUUGAAGUUUGAAAGGUUUUGUAUAUUUUCUGUACAUAUUAUUUAAGACUAUUUUUUACUUACAAAAUUGCUGUGCGAUGAAUAGUAACCAACAGGCAAUGGAUUUUCUUAUUUAUUUCCUAAGAGUAAGUUUGAAGUUUAUUUAAAAUAUUAUUUUAAG